AUAGACAGCAGAUGCAGAGACAGUGGUUAGUGCUGCAGCCAGGCUCGGCUUUCCUUGUCUAAAUACGUUGCUGUAGCAGUGGUGUUGGGCAGAGGGAGAGAAAGAGCCCUGAGGAAGCAGAGGAGAGAGCAGAUCGCGGAUAUCUGUGACCAAGAGACCUCUUGAACAGCUUUGAAGAGCUCUGUCAUCUGAGCCAACGGACAAAGCGACCGUGGUCCUAGGAGGCGCAGUGUUGAAUUAAAGCACUAUCAGCUCAGAAGCUCAACCCGUAAGGAGAGCCUGUAGCCUGUUUGUGCUGACCACAAGCAGCUGAGCACAGCAUCAUGACAAGCCAUCGGGCAGUGAAAUCCUACAAGAAAUCUUCUGUCCCAGGAGUAAAUAUUGCCCAAUUUGUGGAUAAGAUUCCAGAAGGAUGCAGUACACCUGACUUUGAGCGGAAACCUGUCACUCUAACAUUGCAGGAAGGUAAAAAUGCCAUUUUCAGAGCAGUGGUCAAAGGUGUUCCAACCCCUGAGGUGAAAUGGAGGCGUGCAAAAGGAGAAAUGGACGAUCCUGACAAAUAUGAAAUAUUCUUCAAUAAAGUUAUAAAUGAAUACGUUCUGAAGAUAAAUAAGCUCACUGUAGACGACACUGAUGUGUACCGUUGCUUUGCUGUAAAUGAAUAUGGGGAAGCUACAUGCUCUGCUGGCCUCAGGAUCAUACAGGUUGGCUUUAAGAGGAAAGCACAAUAUGUUCCUGCUCAGUCUGCUGAUGAAUUGAAGAAGAAGCUUCAGGACCUCAGGAAGCUGCUGAGGAAGCGGGCCCCAGUACCAAAACAAAAAACAUUGGAUAAAGAAGCAAUCUUUCAACUGUUACUACACGCAGAUAGAAGAGAUUAUGAGAAAAUCUGUAUUAAAUAUGGAAUUUCUGACUUCCGUGGCAUGCUGAGAAAGCUUCAGGAGAUGAGAAGGGAUGCAGAGAGUGAACAAGGAGAGUUAAUUCACAGUAUCAAAAAUAUGCAACAUAUCAAGGUCAACAAGGAUGGAACUGCUACAUUUGUCCUAGAGAUGGACCUGAAAAAUAGUAACAGCAAAAUUUAUCUGCUUAAGGAUGGUGAGAGGCUCAGAUAUGGAACAGGGGAUGAAUACAGAAAGCACUACCUGAGGCGGAUUGGAAAAAGGUAUAAUUUCAUUGUCAACGAUGUGCAGCCAGAAGAUGCAGGCUUAUAUCAAGUCAGAGUGGAAGAAGUACCUGUUUUCUCAACUGAACUGGAUGCUGAAUCCAUCCCUGUGAGAUUUCAGCAGCCACUCAGUGAUGUGCGUUGUCCUGAGAAGGGAAAUGCUGUCUUUGAGUGUACCCUACGCAGUCCUUGCUAUGAUGCUGUGUGGCUACAUAAAACCCACCCCCUUGAGGCAAGUGAGAAGCACCAGAUCUCCAUGACCCCUGACGGUUUGACCCAUCAGCUUGUUAUCAAUGAUGUUGUGGCCUCUGACAAUGGCAUGUACACACUCGACACUGGACUCUGUUCCUCAAAUGCCUAUCUUCUUGUAGAGUAUCCCAAAGGAAAAAAGAGACAGGAUGAAGGAGGUGAAAAAGAGAAAUCUGACUGGCGGAAAGAAACAUUGACAGAUAAAGACGGGGCUAAGAAACCUAAACGCAGAGAACAUCUUAGUGAUAAAGAUCAUCUUACGGAUGCUGGCAUGGAAAAAGAUGACUGGUACAGAAAUGGCCAAGAAGGCAGUCAAGGCUACUCUACUGAUGUUGAUGAAGGAUAUAUAUUUCUGGGAAAAGAGGGGCUACGCAAAACGUACAGAGAUGGAACAAUGGGGCCCGGGCAGUUUUCUGGAGCAGAGAGAGAUGGAGAAUCAAUGACAGAUGAUGACAGUAACAGACUAAAAAUUUUAGGAGGGAAAAAAGGUUUAAGGGCUGUACACAGCCGGGAUUCUAUGACAGGUAGAGCAAAUACUGAUGAUAGAGCAGGAGGAGCAGAUGAAUGGUGUUCUGUGGAUGGCAGAGAUGAGGGUAUGUUGGAUGCAGUUGAUAUUGACAUGGAUGAUGCAGAAGGUAUGGAUUCUUGGCAUGACAAAAAUGAUAAAGUAGGUGAUAAUAGUUCUAGAGCUGGCUUUGGUGGUAUCAAGAGAUUAGGUGCUACUGAUGGAAGUUCUGUGUUAGAUGGACUUGAUCCUGAUUCAACCAGCACUGCAGGAGGAAUGAGAUCCCCCUAUAGCAAGGAUGGUCUCCCUACUGUGGCUGGUGUGAAUGGAGUCGGUAUAAAAAGAGAAGGAGAAACAGGGGCUCUGUAUGGCAAGGAUGGCUUAACAGUUGAUGCUGGUGGUCAUGUAGGUCAGGCAGGAAGAUCUGGCUUGCUGUAUGGCCCAGGUGGUCUCCCAGCUGGAAAUGGGGCUAGAACUGGUGCAGGUGGCAGUUCUGCAGGAGAAAUGGGGGUACUCUAUGGUCCAGAUGGUCUACCAGUUGGGGCAGAUGUUAAUGACGCUACUGCAGGUAAAAUGGGAGGGUUCUACGGUAAACAUGGACAAUCAGGUGAACCUGGGGCUGGAGCUGGAAAUUGGGAUAGAGCUGAUGGAGCCGGAAGACAAAUGGGAUCACCCUAUCAAAAGGACAGUCUCCCGUAUGGAGCUGGGGCUGGUGGGGCUGGUGUAGGUGGUUUGGGAGGUGUUGGGUCUCCCUGUGGAAAGGAUGGUCUUCCAUCUGGGACUGGUGUUGGUGGUGCUGGUGUAGGUGGCUUUGGAGGUGUUGGCUCUCCCUAUGGAAAAGAUGGCCUUCCAAUGGGAAUGGGAACGGGGGCUGGUAUUGGUGGUACAGGUGUAGAUGGCUUUGGUGGUGUAGGAUCUCCCUAUGGAAAGGAUGGUCUCCCAGCUGGAGCUGGUGUUGGUGCAGCUGGUGUGGAUGGCUUUGGUGGUGUAGGGUCUCCCUAUGGAAAGGAUGGUCUCCCAGCUGGGGUUGGUAUAGGUGGUGCAGGAGGUACUGGCUCUCCCUAUGGAAAAGAUGGCCUUCCAGUGGGAAUGGGAACUGGGGCUGGUAUUGGUGGGGCUGGUGUAGGUGGUCUUGGUGUUGCUGGAUCUCCCUAUGGAAAGGAUGGUCUCCCUGCUGGAGCUGGGGCUGGUGGUGGUGGUGCUGGUGCAGGUGGUUUUGGAGGUGUUGCAUCUCCCUAUGGAAAGGAUGGUCUCCCAGCUGGAGCUGGGACUGGCAUUGGUGGUGCUGGUGUAGGUGGUUUUGGAGGUGUUGGAUCUCCCUAUGGAAAGGAUGGUCUCCCAGCUGGAGCUGGGGCUGGUAUUGGUGGUGCUGGUGUAGGUGGUUUGGGAGGUGUUGGGUCUCCCUAUGGAAAGGAUGGUCUCCCAGCUGGAGCUGGCGCUCGUAUUGGUGGUGCUGGUGUAGGUGGUUUUGGAGGUGUUGGAUCUCCCUAUGGAAAGGAUGGCCUUCCAGUGGGAAUGGGACCUGGGGCUGGUGGUGCUGGUGCAGGUGGUGCAGAAGGUGAUGGUUCUCCCUAUGGAAAGGAUCGUCUCCCAGCUGGGGCUGGUAUUGUUGGGGCUGGUGUAGGAGGUUUGGGAGGUGUUGGUUCUCCCUAUGGAAAGGAUGGUCUCCCAGCUGGAGUGGGUGGUGCAGGUGCAGGUGGUGCAGGGGGAGUUGGUUCUCCCUAUGGAAAGGAUGGUCUCCCAGCUGGGGCUGGUGUUGGUGGUGCUGGUGUAGGUGGUUUGGGAGGUGUUGGGUCUCCCUAUGGAAAGGAUGGUCUCCCAGCUGGGGCUGGUGUUGGUGGUGCUGGUGCAGGUGGUUUUGGAGGUGUUGGGUCUCCCUAUGGAAAGGAUGGUCUUCCAGCUGGGGCUGGUGUUGGUGGUGCUGGUGUAGGAGGUUUGGGAGGUGUUGGUUCUCCUUAUGGCAUGGAUGGUCUCCCAGCCGGAGUGGGUGGUGCUGGUGCAGGUGGUGCAGGGGGAGUUGGUUCUCCCUAUGGAAAGGAUGGUCUCCCUGCUGGGGCUGGUGUUGGUGGUGCUGGUGCUAGUGGUCUGGGAGGUGUUGGGUCUCCCUAUGGAAAGGAUGGUCUCCCAGCUGGAGCUGGGACUGUCGCUGGUGGUGCUGGUGUAGGUUGUUUGGGAGGUGUUGGGUCUCCCUAUGGAAAGGAUGGUCUCCCUGCUGGGGCUGGUGUUGGUGGUGCUGGUGUAGGUGUUCUGGGAGGUGUUGGGUCUCCCUAUGGAAAGGAUGGUCUCCCAGCUGGAGCUGGGGCUGGUAUUGGUGGUGCUGGUGUAGGUGGUUUGGGAGGUGUUGCAUCUCCCUAUGGAAAGGAUGGUCUCCCAGCUGGAGCUGGGACUGUCGCUGGUGGUGCUGGUGCAGGUGGUCUGGGAGGUGCUGGGUCUCCCUAUGGAAAGGAUGGUCUCCCAGCUGGAGCUGGCGCUGGUAUUGGUGGUGCUGGUGCUAGUGGUCUGGGAGGUGUUGGUUCUCCCUAUGGAAAGGAUGGUCUCCCAGCUGGAGCUGGCGCUGGUAUUGGUGGUGCUGGUGUAGGUGGUCUGGGAGGUGUUGGGUCUCCCUAUGGAAAGGAUGGUCUCCCUGCUGGAGCUGGGGCUGGUGGUGGUGGUGCUGGUGUAGGUGGUUUUGGAGGUGUUGGAUCUCCCUAUGGAAAGGAUGGUCUCCCUGCUGGGGCUGGGGCUGGUGUUGGUGGUGCUGGUGCAGGUGGUUUUGGAGGUGUUGCAUCUCCCUAUGGAAAGGAUGGUCUCCCUGCUGGGGCUGGGGCUGGUAUUGGUGGUGCUGGUGUAGGUGGUUUGGGAGGUGUUGGAUCUCCCUAUGGAAAGGAUGGUCUCCCAGCUGGAGCUGGCGCUGGUAUUGGUGGUGCUGGUGUAGGUGGUUUGGGAGGUGUUGCAUCUCCCUAUGGAAAGGAUGGUCUCCCUGCUGGGGCUGGGGCUGGUGUUGCUGGGGCUGGUAUUGGUGGUGCUGGUGUAGGUGGUUUGGGAGGUGUUGGAUCUCCCUAUGGAAAGGAUGGUCUCCCAGCUGGAGCUGGGGCUGGUAUUGGUGGUGCUGGUGUAGGUGGUUUGGGAGGUGUUGGGUCUCCCUAUGGAAAGGAUGGUCUCCCUGCUGGGGCUGGGGCUGGUGUUGGUGGUGCUGGUGCAGGUGGUUUUGGAGGUGUUGCAUCUCCCUAUGGAAAGGAUGGUCUCCCAGCUGGAGCUGGGGCUGGUGUUAGUGGUUCAGGUUUAGCUGGUGCAGGGGGAGUUGGUUCUCCUUAUGGGAAGGAUGGUUUCCCGGCUGGGGUUGGUGUUGGCGGUGCUGGUGUGGCUGGCUUGGGAGGUGUUGGGUCUCCAUAUGGAAAAGAUGGUCUAUCAAGUGGUGCUGCAGCAGGAGUAGUUCAUUUUCCUUUUGGAGGUGAAGAAGUAACGGGUUCACACCACGGUCGGGAUGCUGGGCUGAGCAGUGUUCAAGGAUAUGGAGGUGGAGCAGGAGGAGCUGGCUUAUCUUCAGAGGGCAGGGGUGUUGGUGGCUCUGCCAUACAAGGUGCUGGGUCUGCAUAUGGAAAGGAUGGGGGUUCAGCUGGAGGCAGGGGUGGAGAGGGUGGUGUUGGCAGGUUGGGAGGUGAUGGAAAGGAGUUACAUUCAGCCUGGGGUACAGAAGGUAUGGCAGGAGCUGUUGGAAUGGGUGGCAAAUAUGGGCUUGAUUCACGUCCCGGCAAAUCUGCACGAGGUGAAGCUGGAAAGGGAACUGCUGGUGAUUUCAGAGGGCCAGGCCACAAAGGCUCAUCCCAUAAUGAAGAAUCAGAUCAAAGGGAUGGUAGGGGUGAGGACAGGGAUUUAGGACAGUUAGGCUCCCGUUAUGGCAAAGAUUCUGCCGCUGGAGGGGCAGGGGGCAAAUCUCAUAACAGAUUGGGUGACGGGGGGAAGCCAGGUGUUUUCGGUCAAGGUUCACCAGGUUAUGAUCAGACAUCAAACCUUUAUGGUGGACCCUCCUCAAUAAACCAGAGAAAACAGCUACCCAGCCUUGAUAUUAAAACAAAUGAUUUCUUGAAGAAUACGGAAAGUACAGAAAAAAGAGGACAUUAUCGCCUAGAUGAUCUGAGAGCACCACGCUGCCAUGUCAACAAGCAGUUAAUUGAUGUCCGAGUCCGGAAAGGGGAACCAGCUGAGCUGUCUUGCGCUGUCAAUAAAGAAGAUGUGACAGCAAUCUGGUUUAAAGAUGGAUUAAAGUUAACAAGCAUGGAUGGAGUCUUAUUUGAAAAGCAAGGUCUAGUCCACAAACUAAUUUUUAGCAAAGUGGAAGAUAUUCAUGCUGGGAAAUACAGGUUUGAAGCUGGAGAUAUAAAAACUGAAGCUUCAGUUUUUGUUGAAGAUCCUCCACAGGUUGACAAAGUUCUCCUGAAAAACUUAACAAGUGUUCCUACUGUGGCCAAGGCAGGGGAGAAAAUAAAGAUCAAGGUCCCUUUUGAAGGCCGGCUGCCAGUUAGAGCAACAUGGCUAAAGGACAAAAUGGAGCUAGCAGAUGACUCUAGGAUUCGUGUUGAUAAAACAGACACCUAUACUAUGCUGUCCAUCUCCAACACUGAGAGAAAAGACCGUGGGGAUUACAAAGUCAGGCUGAAGAAUGACAGUGGCAUCUUAGAUAUCGACCUAAAGGUUGAGGUAACAGACAAGCCACAGCCACCUGCAGGACCCAUGAAAAUUGUAGAAAGCUCUGCAAAUGACAUCACGAUUCAGUGGAAACCCCCAAAGGAUGAUGGGGGCAAACCAGUGCAAAGCUAUAUUGUUGAAAGGCAGCAGGUAGGCGAGGGCGACUGGGUGGCUCUUGGGGAAAUCCCCAGGAGCUGUACUACCUUCACUACCAACAAAGUGGAACGAGACAUGAGCUACUACUUCAGGGUGAGGGCUGUGAAUGCAGAGGGAACCAGCGAUGCCCUGGAAUCAGAAGAAGUAAAGGCUGUCAGUAAAGCUACACCUGGUGCCCCAGACCCCCCUGAGAUCAUUAGUGUCAGCAAAGACACCAUCACAAUAUCCUGGAAAACACCUCGUAGAACUGGCAGCUCCCGAAUCGUGGGAUACAUCAUUCAAAAACGCAAGAAGGGUACCAUGACCUGGGUGCCAGUCAACAGUGUACCCAUAGCAGAUAAGAAGCUGAAAAUGACCAAUCUCAAGAAGGGUCUGCAGUAUGAAUUUUGUGUGGCAGCGGUCAAUGCUUCUGGUGUAGGAGAUAUCAGUGCACCAUCACAGCCUGUCUUUGCUCGAGAUUCCACAAAACCUCCAGGUCAAGUGAGGGACCUCGCAGUGACCAGCAGUGACAGCACUAGUGUCACCCUAACAUGGAAGAGACCCGAAGUAAAAGAUGGGAAUGAUGUGAAAGGCUAUGACGUGGAGGUACGGUCUUCUAACAACCUCGACUGGACCAGAUGCAACGUUCUUCCUAUAGAGAUGACCAGUUACACAGUUAAAGGCCUGAAAAACAAGGAGCUGUACUUCUUACGUGUGAGAGCCCUCAAUGACUGUGGCCCAGGAGAAGCUGCAGAGCUUGAAGCUUUCACUGAAGCUGAUUCCAGUGUUGUUUCUCCUAGGUUCUUAAUAGAUGACACAGUGAAAAAUUUCCUGAUUAUAAAAGCAGGAAAUGCUAUCCGAAUGGAUAUUCCUUUCGAGGCGUCUCCAGAUCCGCAGGUGACCUGGUUAAAGGAUGGGCUUCCUCUUUCAAACCGGGCUACAAUAAGCACCAAAGAUGGUACCUCCCAGCUGCUGAUUAAAGCAGCUGAGUUGACUGACAGCGGCACUUACACCAUUGAGCUCAAGAACGGGUCAGGGAAAAGAGAAACAUUCAGCUUCCAAGUUCAAGUUACAGAUAUCCCACAAAACCCUGGACCUAUUCUACUGCAAGAGAAUGUGCCAAAUGCAGUGACAGUAACCUGGGAGCCAUCAGCAUCUGAGAAAUGGGAAAGCAAUCUCUACUAUACAGUUCUGAAACGUGAAUCACAGAAGGGCUUGUGGCACGUGGUGGGUGACCUGAUCUACACCAACAAAUUCACAUACACCAAAGUGAUCCCAGGCCGUGACUACUACUUUAGGGUUGUGGCAAAAAAUGAGUUGGGAUCCAGUGGUCCAUCUGAAACUGUGCAGCCUUGGAGAAUUAAAAAAACAAAGGCUGAAGUUCAUGUCAGACCACAGAAAUACAGAGGAGUUAAUCAAAACCAGCCCCCGAGAUUCCUCGUCCCGUUGAAGCCUCAUGUGGUGACUACUGGGAGUGAGUGCCGUAUGAGCUGUGCCGUUGCAGGCCACCCACCUCCAAAGAUCACUUGGUAUAAGGACAGUAGAGACCUCUCCAGUGAUCCUGCCUAUUUUGGCACAAAUGACUUUGGUGUCUGCUCCCUGGUGAUCCAAGGGGUCUCAAAAGCUGAUGAAGGAGAAUACAUGGUUGAAGCCGCCAAUGAAUUGGGCCGUGUGUUCACCCGAGCCUUCCUCGCUAUUAAAGGUAACAAUCUUUAA